AUGGGUGCAGUUUACGAGGAAAAAGUGAAAUCAUUCUUCGAUGAGCACCUUCAUGAAGAUGAGGAGAUUAGGUACAUCCUGGAUGGCGAAGGAUAUUUCGAUGUUCGCAGCAGAGACGACAAGUGGGUGCGGAUUAAAGUUGAGAAGGAGGACCUGCUUAUCUUGCCUGCCGGGAUAUACCAUCGCUUCACGACGGGAGAGAGCAAUUAUAUCAAAGCGAUGAGGUUGUUCCAGGAUGAACCGAAAUGGACGCCUUUGAACCGCGAACCAGCGCUUGAAAACAAUUCGUUCAGACAGAGCUAUGUUGCUGCCCAUGUGUAA